AUGGAGCCUCGCCUUUGCAAUGGAGUAGAGAACCUGAAUCUGGCAUUGCUCCCUAUGCUAUGUUUGGUCUUGUUCCAGGCGAAAGAUAGAAUAAUUUGCCAAUGCUAUCUCUUGCGCCUUGCUGAGCUUAGGGGAGGAGAAGAGAGAACCAGACUUGCGGUUGUUAGGGUUUUCUUGUCUGAACGGAAACAUCGCAAUAAGGAGAAGAAAAAUCAAUGCAAAGGGUUGCUUUCACAGGCCAGAGUAGCUAAUCACUUGGAGUUGUUAACGAGAGUAAAAUCUGUUUUUGAUAGUGGGGAUUUGGAGUCGAAGGCACUGGCUUUGGUUUUGUUAGGUUGUUGGGCUGAUUUUCUGAAAGACAAUGCUCAGAUUCGGUACUUGAUAUUUUCUAGCCUUGUUUCUGCUCAUGACUGUGAGUGUUCUUUGCCAGUUUUAAGUGAACAAAUAAGUUUUAUGGCAAGCAUACCACCUGAUCUUGAAGAUGCACAACUCUUGAAAGGCCUCAGGACUUGA